AGAGUUGCUGUUCGCUUGGGAGAGCAUGACCUGGACACAGAAGAUGGAGGAGAAAUAGAGUAUGGAAUUGAGGACAUACGAACACAUCCCAACUAUAAGCACGGAUCCAUCAACUACGAUAUAGCACUUAUCAAACUAGAUAGAAUCGUCGAAUUUGAAUUAUUCAUUGAGCCCAUCUGUCUUCCCAUCAAUGUUUCCCAAGAUCUGAAAUAUAACGAGAACUUAUACAUCGCCGGUUGGGGUAAAACAGAAGAUGAAGUACCAUCUCCGAUUCUACUCAUGGCUGAGGUCCAACAACAACAUCUGGAUGUAUGCCGUAAAUACUAUUCGAAUGCACCACUUAGUGAAAAUCACAUCUGCGCCUUGGGCGAUAGUCAGCAGGAGACAUGUCGUGGUGACUCUGGUGGUCCGCUAUUCUCCGCCAAUUUAAUCGACAACACACCACAAUGUGUGCAGUUUGGUGUUAUCUCUUUUGGAGGUCUCGGUUGUGGCAUCAACAAAAAUCGUCCAGGAGUAUUUGCUUCAGUUCUCGAUAUGCUGCCUUGGAUAACGCAGAAUCUCUAUUAAAUAACAGAUAAAGAAUAUAAUUUUUAUUUAAAAACUGUAAAUAACUACAUUAAAUGGUUUAAAAUGCUAAUUCUAAACUAUUCAAUAAAUUAAUGAAUACCAUAAAUCGGAUUUGCUUAU